GAAAUACACCCUCACCAACUCACUCCAAUUGUGUCGUAGACAGUACCCAAACCACGAAUAUGGCCAAACGAAACGAACUCUCAUUCCUCACAGCAGCCACCCUUUUGGUCAUUAUAGUUUCUGUUUCGGAAACGCUUUCUCGCCCUCUUGGGGAGGAACACUUGUUGAAGCAACAUGAGGAGUGGAUGGCGAUCCACGGGCGCGACUACAAGGACGCGGCCGAAAAGGCCAAACGGUAUGAGAUAUUUAAAGAAAACGUUAAGCGCAUCAGCGCCUUUAAUAAUGGUAAGGACGUGGGGUAUAAACUGGCUGUGAACAAGUUCGCGGACCUAACCAACGAGGAGUUUCGCGCUUCCUACACCGGCUACAAGAGGAGGCCCACAAGGGUCCUAUCCUCUGGGGCUGCAAAACCGUUCAAGUAUACGAACUUCACCGCCAUUCCAGCUGCCUUGGACUGGCGAACCAAGAAGGCUGUGACAUCUGUCAAGGAUCAAGGCGACUGUGGAUGUUGUUGGGCAUUCUCGGCAGUGGCGGCUAUGGAAGGGAUUACCAAGCUCAAGAAGAAGAAGUUGGUGUCACUCUCGGAGCAAGAACUCGUGGAUUGUGACGAUUACGAUGACGGCUGCUGGGGCGGGCUCAUGGACAACGCCUUUGAGUUCAUCAAAAGCAAUGGUGGCCUCACGACCGAGGCGAAUUACCCUUACCGAGGGAAUGGCGGGUCCUGCAACACGGCCAAGAUGGCCAACCACUCAGCCUCGAUAACCGGAUACCAGGACGUGCCGGACAACAACGAGAAGGCCCUCUUGCAGGCUGUGGCGAACCAGCCGGUCUCGGUGGCAAUCGAGGGGGGCGGGUUCGAUUUCCGAUUCUACUCAAGCGGCGUGUUCACAGGCUCGUGCGGGACCGACAUCGACCAUGCAGUCACGGCAGUCGGGUACGGGAAGGCCUCUGGCGGGACCAAGUAUUGGCUGAUGAAGAAUUCGUGGGGCACCGGGUGGGGUGAGAGCGGGUACAUGAGGAUCCAGAGGGAUGUGAGCUCUACGGCCGGUCUCUGUGGUCUUGCCAUGCUAGCUUCUUAUCCAACUGCAUGAAGAAAGAAGAAGAUAAAAACAUAAAUUAUGAGCUUAUAUGCGUGAUACUGGUUCUUGGGCUCUGUAAAAGUAUGAAAUGAUGUCUAGCGUCUCAAUAAAGAAGCAAGUGUACGUGACAAUACGUCACUAGGGGUGGUGUGUCCUCCAACAAAAACUGUAUGUUGUUAGCAAAAUUAGGGGCUGCCAACCAAACUUGGUUCUUAAGUGUUCGAAUAAAUGUGUGGGACGAGAUAAAUAACAUCGUCCCGUGAAUGAAUGGAAUAGUUUCGUCAGCGUGAUUUUAAGUA